CUAGAAACCCGUUUCUUCGUCCUCCGCUCGUACAACUACGCCAACAUCUACCAGGCCCAGAAGACCGGCAUCUGGGCGACGCAGAAGACCAACGAGGACGUCUUCACGGAUGCGUUCCGCGUGUGCAGCAAUGUCGUGUUCUUCUUUGGUGUCAACACUGGCCCGUUCUACGGAUACGCCAAGAUGAAGACCGUCCCGUCCCCUUCCAAGCCCCAGCCAACAUGGUACCAAUACCUCAAGAUGGAAGCCACGGACCCGUUCGAGGUCGAGUGGCUCAGCACGGCGCCGUGCGAGCGGCACCACGUCGGCCACCUGCGCAACUCGUUCAACGACGAUCUCCCCGUGACGCGGUCCAGGGACGGGCAGGAGAUCUCCGAGGCCGCGGGCCUGGAGAUGGUGCGCAUCAUGAGCAGGGAGGCGAGGAAGAUACUCAACGGCGGUGUGUUUGGGGGCCAGUGA